AACAUGGCUGCCUCUGGGACGGCCAAGGCGAAUAACAGAGAUAACACCUCGACUGACAGCCUGAAAUGUCACGAAGAGCCUCUGUCGCAGAAUCGGGAAAUAAUAAAGCCCACCAUAACGGAGCUGACCAAAGAAGUGAGGACGAACAUCCUCUGCACCGUGGAGGGAUGUGGCAAGAUUCUCCCCAACACACCUGCAUUGAACAUGCAUCUUGUCAAGUCGCACAGAGUGAAGGAUGGUAUUGUGAAUCCCACAAUCAGAAAGGACAUGAAGGGCUCCCAGAAGCUUUACUGUUGUCCCAUUGAGGGUUGUCCCAGGGGGCCGAACAGACCCUUUUCCCAGUUCUCACUGGUUAAACAACACUUUAUGAAGAUGCAUGCAGAAAAGAAACACAAGUGCUCAAAGUGCAACAACGGCUACAGCACAGAGUGGGACCUAAAGAGGCACAUAGAGGACUGUGGGAGGACCUACCAAUGUACAUGUGGCUGCCCCUAUGCCAGCAGGGCUGCACUACUCUCACAUAUCUACAGGACAGGACAUGAGAUUCCUACAGAACAUAGAAUUCCACCAGUAAAAAAGCGGAAGAUGGAGAAACUUUUGAGUGGCUCUGAAAAGGUGAAGACCAGUGAGUCAACCUGCCAGAUCAUGCCUGCUACUAAAGAGUUGUCAGAGGGUUAUCUCUCUUCUGACACUACUGUUCAUAUCACAGAGUCUGUCAAUCAGAACUACAACCCCCGUAAAAGCCUCCAGAAGCUGCUUCUACCCAAACCCAGGAUGGCUCUGGUCAGUGUUCCUGUUAUGCAGGUGGCCCACCUGCCUGUCCUCCUUCCAUCCACAGAAAGUGGGGCUCUGAGGUCUGUAGUGCUGGCAGUAGACAGCCAAGGCUCUGUCAGCACCCUUCAUCUCCUGCCACAAACCACGGGAGCUGUGGUUCCCCAACUUGAUGCUAAGAGUUUGGGUUUCAAAGACAGCAUGCCUACUUCCCGCUCUAGCCUGGGACCCAUCAGCACAGGGGUGCAGGUCAGUCUCGAUGCUGCAGGCACAGAGGACUCUGCUAGCAGCCUGGGAGCACAGCGAGGAAGGAGCACCUCCACCAACAUACAGACAGACAAAUCAUACUUGUCAAAAAUGCCUACAGGGGUGGGGGUCGGGGAGGGGAUAGGCUUGUGUUCUGUGGGUGAGUCAGCAGUGUCGUCCUGCUCCCAAACAGACAUCAGUGUGAGUGCCCAAGUCCUCCUGCCAGUCAGUGUUGAAACCCAGACGUUCUCAUCCCGAGCCAAAGCCACAUCCACUAUUGGAGCUCAGACAGAAAGCCAGUGCCUGAACCAAAUUCUCUGCUCCUCCUCAUCUGCGCCCCCAUACAGAACCAGGCAGACCCAGACCUGCUUCACCAUGCCACAACCAGAGGAGAAGGCUCAGGACCAGGAUAUCAUGUGUUCUGACAUAUUUGGCAGUGACUCUCUGAGUGUCUCCACCCAAACAGCUGUGGACAUAGAUGACCCUCUCACUGCUGCAGGAAGCAGUAUAUACGAAGACUCCAAGUCAGCAGGGGGCAUGUGUUUUGGGGUGCAGACAGAUGAGCUCAAUUCAAACAACAUGGCAGACAACCAGACCCAAACCAUGUCCUUGCUAAAUGACCUAGAAAACAUUCUGUCUGACAGCAUGUCAGGCCACCAGGUGCUCACAGAGGCGUCUGCAGGAUGUGGGUCAGGUCUGGGCUCUGUUCAGGAGCAACACAGUGGAAUUGACUUUGACUUUGAAGAAUUCCUAAAUGCUGUGCACAUCCAGACACAGACAGAGGAGAGCGAGCUGGGAGGGCUGGGUGGUGACACCCCACUGGAGUCUCUAGACAUCCAGACCCAGACAGAUUUCCUCCUGAUGGAUGAACUGGACCAAAGCGAGGGACCAAGUCGAACCCAAGCCAGUGACUUGGAGCUAUUUGAUACUCAAACUCAGACUGACCUCAAUUUCCUGCUGAACGCUGGCAGCCACAUGCCCCUGAGCAGCAUCUUGCGUCAUUCAAGCUUUUCUAUGAGCACUGAGUCCUCAGACACAGAAACACAGACAGAUCUUCCUUCAUUUGCCCCAAGCCUCUCUGCUCAGACACCUGUCAGUCAGGGUGAACAAGCGAGGCUGUUGAACAGCACAGAGACGCAGACUGUGACCAGCCAGGUGGAAGGCCUUGGACACCUCUUCUUGACGAGCAAUGAAACACAAACAGUCAUGGAUGAUUUCUUGUCAGCAGACCUCGCGUGGAACAUGGAGUCCCACUUCAGCUCCGUGGAAACUCAGACGUGUGAGGAGCUUUGUGUUCUGUUUCAGCACCCUGAGAAACCCAACAGUUGAAGCACUCUUAAUGACGCUGCUCAAGCUCCUGAAGUACAGGUUUCCCACGUCUGCCUCUUCCUCAAAGAGGAAGCAGUCUACGCUGUCUUCCAGCGGCACCACAGUCUUAGAAGUCAGAGGUUUGUCAGAAGAAAAAUGUCUUUGAACAUUCCACUGGGGGAAUCAUGUCCAGAGCAUUUCCAGGUAUAUAUCCUGAUGGCUUUGCGCACUUUAUUAGCUCAUUGGGCAUGAUUUAUCAGUUCCUUUGACAGUUUACAUAUUUAUUUGCACAUAAAGUAACGUAUGUGUCUUGUCUGAAAUGCCAGUUUAACUUCUCUAUAUUUCAGUGUAAUAACCACUGAGACACACACUUCUACAUACUAGCAGGUUAAAAAUGAUUGAACAUUUCAUCAAUGUUAGCUCUGAAGUUAAAAAGGAUGACAUCUUUAGCUUUGCGUAGCUGAAAAAGGUUUCAGAUAUGCGUAUACAGCAUGAAAACAAUACCAUCUCAGCUGUGCAGUAAACAAUAUUGUGCAUUGAGUUUACAUAUGUGUUUGAAAUGAGCAUGAAAGCCUUUACUAGGUCAGCAGCACAAAAACAAAAUAUAAAUUCUCAGCUUGUGCAUCUGACAGCUUCUGCAUUGAUGUUGCUUUGUCAGUGGCAAAACUAUAAACUCUGAGCAACACAGCCUACACAAAACCUGACCAGUGAGAAUCUAUCAGCUUUAUGUUUUCCAGAAGAAACCCCAUUUAAGCCUUUAACAGUGAACAUGAAUUUCUCAUAGCAGUUAAAAAGUAUCCAUGUGGUACAAGUAAAAAUUAAAUGUCUAAGUCUUGUCUGUCGUUGCACACCUUUAUUUGAAAUGUGAUUGUGAAGUAUGAUGUUGUGUAUUCAUUUUCCUGGGCCUGUAUGGCAAAGCAGUUAGGUGGAGUCAGUACACAGGCUAGACUGUCAUUGUCUGACUUAUUCAUUAGCUGGGUGUAAGUGUAUACAGUAGCAGUACUCUGUGCUGAAGUGAUCCAGUAAUGUUGCUGUACAGAAACACAGUGGAUUAGUGCUAGGAUUAGUUACUGUCUUGGCACAGAGUUGUUGUAUUUAUUUAUUACGUGAUUUUGACUGAAAGGAUUCCUGUUGAAUAUCUUCUGUCACAAUCUUCAAAAUUUCCACGCUUAACAAUUCAGACACAGUGGUUUUAUUUUUUUUUAAUUAUGUCCUCUACAAGUGACUAAACUUUUUUAAUGUUUUGAUUGUGGUUUUCUUUUUACUGUUGCACUGAGUUACCUCAUUAAGCACAGGUACCCCAUGUAGACUGUGUCCUACUAGGGAACAUAGAGCUAUAAGCCUUGAUUAUUUGUUGAUUUUUGUUACGUUGGUGCCUUAACCCAAGUAUUAACUUUAUUUCUGUUACAGACAAUUUGCUGCUUUAAAAUGAUUAGAAUUAUACUAGAAUAUGUUUUGGAAAAUGAACAAACACUAAAAAAUUGCCGGAAUCCUUUGGUCUUUGCAUGAUUCUUUAUUGGUAUUUUCAUCAUGGUUGCAUGAAUUAUUGGAAUGCCCCUAUUAUGUCCCUUCAUAGUGUCAAUGAAGAAAUGUAUGAUCUGUCAUAUGAAAAGAAUGCCAUGCAGCAUUUUAUGAAAGAUAAUUAGUUUGACACUGUGCAAGUAUAACAUGCUCUAUUUUGCACCACAUCCAAACAUUUCCAGAAUCAUUUUCCUGUGUUAAUAUGGUUUGUGACACUCAUAUUCAAUUUCAGCGUUUAUUGUAUUGAGACUAGAACUUCUAGUUUGUGCUUCUUUAAUCCGGAUACUGCUCUACGGGUGUAGAAGCCUUCUGUUACAGUGCAUGCAAACAUUUUCCCAGCACAAAAUAUUUGUUUUAGUAGAAUUUGAGUUUAUGUUGCCUAUAUGCGUAGUCAAUGGAUGCCUUGAUUUAA